AGCGGCGGGUGGCGCCCCCCUCGCGUCAGUUCGCUUGCAACGUUCGCGCGAGAACGACGUGCGUCACCAGUUCGUCAGCAGCGUAUCGUCGCGUGUGACUGACUCGGAGAACGUGCGUGGAUCCUGUGUUGUUGUGUGUCCUUAGUGGAGUGUGUGCUGUGUCCUGUUUUACUUAGUGUUUUUGAGACCAUGAGCGUGUGUGUUUGACGGAGGGAUGUAUCCAAGCGCGGGCGCAAUGAACGCCGCCGCCGCCGCCGCUGCCGUGGCGGCCGCUAGGCAUCCGGGUCCCCCACAACCCGGCCAACCCAUCAAGUUCACGGUGGGAGAAUCCUGUGAUAGGAUCAAAGAAGAAUUUAACUUUCUGCAAGCCCAAUAUCACAAUUUAAAAUUAGAAUGCGAGAAGCUGGCUAGUGAAAAAAUUGAAAUACAAAGGCAUUAUGUUAUGUACUAUGAAAUGUCCUACGGCCUCAAUGUGGAAAUGCAUAAACAGACGGAGAUAGCGAAAAGAUUGAACGCGAUAAUAGCGCAGAUCCUGCCGUUCCUGUCGCAGGAGCAUCAGCAGCAGGUGGCGUCGGCCGUGGAGCGCGCGAAACAGGUCACUAUGACAGAACUUAAUGCCAUUAUUGGGCAACAAAGGCCAGACCUGCCGCGACUGCUACAGCAGAUGCAUGCGGCGCACUUGCCGGCACACGGAGCGCCUCCUCUGCCACUCCUGGGCCAGGGAGCCCUGCCUCCCGCCGGCCUGCUGGGGCUAGGCGUGCCACACCAUCCUCUAUCAGUACUAGCCAAACCACCUGACCUACAUCGACCAGACGACAAAGGCAAUGGUAUCAGUUCAGCAGAGGAGCGACAUAGAAAUUCUAUAUCACCCGGUGAAAGGGAAAAGUACAGGACACGGAGUCCGGCAGAACCUGAUCACAAGAAACUAAAGAAAGAAGAGAAAGACAUGGGUCACGAGUUGGUAGUAGAUGACGCGAGCGAGGAGCCCACGUCACCACACAACGGCGCGCCCUCGCCGCGGGAAAACGGCCUGGACAAACUCCAACCGAAGAAGGAACACCCGCCACACAGUCCCAGAUCGGGCACGUCUAGCAACGCGUCGACGCCUUCGGCCAAAAAGCUUGACGAGAAGCCUAGCACGCCGAUCUCGAAGCCUGUCACUCCGACUUCGGGGGCGAGCGGGGCGGGGUCUGCGGGGGCUCCGCUGAAGGCCGCAGUGAACCCCGGCGCUGCAGUACCCUACCUGGGCAAUGGGGCGCACGACGCUUAUGGGCUCGCGGGGUACUCGGCGCGGGCCGCGUUGGCAUAUGAGCCGCUGCGGCCUCCCAUCGGACCGGCCUCGCUAACGCCGAUACCGGGUGGCAAGCCGGCAUAUUCAUUCCACGUUUCUGCGGAGGGGCAAAUGCAACCGGUGCCCUUUCCGCCUGACGCGCUGAUGGGCCCGGGCAUACCCCGUCACGCGCGUCAGGUCUCGGCACUCGCGCACGGCGAGGUGGUGUGCGCGGUCACAGUGUCAUCGCCCACUAAGUACGUCUACACUGGAGGGAAAGGCUGCGUCAAGGUGUGGGACAUCAGCCAGCCUAGCAAAGCGCCAGUCAGUCAACUGGAUUGUUUGCAAAGGGACAACUACAUAAGGUCUGUGAAACUCCUGCCUGACGGUCGCACGCUGAUCGUAGGCGGGGAGGCUUCGAACCUGUCCAUCUGGGACCUCGCGUCUCCCACUCCUAGGAUUAAGGCGGAACUCACCUCGUCAGCACCAGCUUGCUAUGCACUUGCCAUCAGUCCCGACUCUAAGGUGUGCUUCAGCUGUUGUUCAGACGGCAACAUAGCGGUGUGGGACCUACACAAUCAGACCCUGGUGCGGCAGUUCCAGGGUCAUACAGACGGCGCGUCCUGCAUCGAUAUAUCUGCUGACGGCACUAAACUAUGGACCGGGGGUCUUGACAAUACUGUCAGGUCUUGGGAUUUGAGAGAAGGCAGACAAUUACAACAGCACGACUUCAGUUCUCAAAUAUUCUCAUUAGGAUACUGUCCGACAGGCGAAUGGCUAGCAGUAGGCAUGGAGAACAGUAACGUGGAAGUGCUCCACGCGGUCAAGCCGGACAAGUACCAGCUUCACCUACACGAGUCGUGCGUGCUGUCGCUGCGGUUCGCUUCCUGUGGCAAGUGGUUCGUGUCCACUGGGAAGGACAACCUGCUCAAUGCGUGGCGUACGCCUUAUGGAGCUAGUAUAUUCCAGUCAAAGGAAUCGUCAUCGGUGCUCAGCUGUGACAUCUCAUCAGACGACAAGUACAUAGUGACCGGGUCCGGCGACAAGAAGGCCACAGUGUAUGAGGUGAUCUACUAGUGCGACAGACAAACAGACAGUUGAACAAGCGAACAAAAUAGAUCAACAAGUGACUGUGUACCUUAGUGAGUGUGGAACGUUCCGGGAACGUAGAGUGGCAAGUGGUGAUAUAGCUUUAGUGUAUGUAUAGAAUAUAUCGGGAAGCCUGUAUGUACUUAUGCGACUUGUUUAUAUAGAUUAGUGUGCGCGAUUUAUGUUUAUUUGUUGAGCGCCGUAGUGUAUGUUGGCAGCAGAUCUCAAAAUGAUGAUUUCGUUUCAAUAUUGUUGUAAAAUGCUCGUAUUAAAGAAAAGAUAUGCGCAACCCGUAUAAAA